AUGCAGAGAAAACAAGAAAGACAACUUACUUCGAUUCUUCUUUUCCCUCUCUAUAUUCUCUACACAAAAAGAAUUGAACAAUUUUACCUCAAACUCUUCGGAUCAUUGUUCAGCAACAUGUAUCUCCUCACAAUACUUCAAGCCUUUGUGACUAUAACCCUAGUGAUGCUUCUCAAAAAACUGAUCACGAGUCGAAACAAAAAGAAAAUUUCUCUCCCACCAGGUCCCACCGGAUGGCCAAUCAUCGGAAUGAUUCCAGCGAUGCUAAAGAGCCGUCCUGUUUUCCGGUGGCUCCACAGCAUCAUGAAGCAGCUAAACACUGAGAUAGCAUGCGUGAAACUAGGAAACACUCACGUGGUCACCGUCACGUGCCCUAAGAUAGCACGUGAGAUACUCAAGCAACAAGACGCUCUCUUCGCCUCAAGACCUAUGACUUACGCACAGAACGUCCUCUCUAACGGAUACAAAACCUGCGUGAUCACUCCCUUCGGUGAACAGUUCAAGAAAAUGAGGAAAGUCGUGAUGACGGAACUCGUUUGUCCUGCGAGACACAGGUGGCUUCAUUUAAAGAGAGCAGAAGAAAACGAUCAUUUAACCGCUUGGUUAUACAACAUGGUUAAGAACUCGGGCUCGGUCGAUUUUCGGUUCGUAACGAGGCAUUACUGCGGAAACGCUAUCAAGAAGCUUAUGUUCGGAACAAGAACGUUCUCUGAGAACGCCGCACCGGACGGUGGACCGACCGCAGAGGAUAUCGAGCAUAUGGAAGCUAUGUUUGAAGCAUUAGGGUUUACAUUCGCUUUUUGCAUCUCUGACUAUCUACCUAUGCUCACGGGACUUGAUCUUAACGGUCACGAGAAGAUCAUGAGAGACUCGAGUGCUAUUAUGGACAAGUAUCACGAUCCAAUCAUUGAUGCAAGGAUCAAGAUGUGGAGAGAAGGAAAGAGAACUCAAAUCGAGGAUUUUCUAGACAUUUUCAUUUCGAUCAAAGAUGAACAAGGAAACCCAUUGCUUACAGCCGAUGAAAUUAAACCCACCAUUAAGGAGCUUGUAAUGGCGGCACCAGACAAUCCAUCAAACGCCGUCGAAUGGGCCAUGGCGGAGAUGGUGAACAAACCGGAGAUCCUCCGUAAAGCAAUGGAAGAACUCGACAGAGUUGUCGGAAAAGAAAGACUUGUCCAAGAAUCCGACAUCCCAAAACUAAACUACGUCAAAGCUAUCCUCCGUGAAGCUUUCCGUCUCCAUCCCGUCGCCGCCUUUAACCUCCCACACGUGGCCCUUUCCGACGCAACCGUCGCCGGAUAUCACAUCCCUAAAGGAAGUCAAGUCCUCCUUAGCCGUUAUGGGCUGGGCCGUAACCCAAAAGUUUGGGCUGACCCGCUUAGCUUUAAACCAGAGAGACAUCUAAACGAAUGCUCGGAAGUUACUUUGACUGAGAAUGAUCUCCGGUUUAUCUCGUUUAGUACCGGUAAAAGAGGUUGUGCUGCACCGGCUUUGGGUACGGCGUUGACGACGAUGAUGCUCGCGAGACUUCUUCAAGGUUUCACUUGGAAGCUACCGGAGAAUGAGACACGUGUUGAGCUGAUGGAGUCUAGUCAUGAUAUGUUUCUGUGUAAGCCGUUGGUAAUGGUCGGUGAGUUGAGGUUGCCUGAGCAUCUUUAUCCGAAGGUGAAGUGAAACGACGGCGUAUAUACUCUAAAUAACUCUAUGUACUUAUAUAACAUCAUCUAAGUUUCGUCAAUCUCCGGUUACCAGAAGAUAAUCGGUCAAUUUCUGAUCGAACUUGUGUGUGGUUUUGUUUACUUUGGGGAGGUUUUGUUUCCUUUGGGGACAUUUGGAAGUAUUUUUUUUCUUUUAAUUUUAAUAAAACUUGUUUUUUUUUUUAAUUAAGAAGACUAUCCAAUUAAUGUAUAUCUCUCUCAUCAUAACAAAUUGUGUGUUAAUAAAGUUGAGCAAAAAAGUAAAUUGA